AUGGAGAAGACUUGCGAAGAGGAUGACAUAGAGUCUUCUAUGACUGGAGUGUCUGAGUUGCUUGGAGAACCUGCUAUUGUUAUUAAUGGGUUGCCUCCCAUGUCUUCAAGUGAUAGCACUCUUGUCCCCUGUGGUAUUGCCAAUGGUACAGAAUCACACAAAUACAGAGGUUUUGGUGAAUGGUUGGAAGGAAGAGAAAUUCGGAAAUUGUUCGGAGGGCAGUUCUAUAAUGGUAAAGUGUUUGAGUUCGAUAAGAAAUCAGGUUGGUACAGGGUGUUAUAUGAAGAUGGUGACUUUGAAGAUCUUGAGUGGCAUGAGUUGGAAGAACUGCUUCUGCCCCUGGAUAUUACAGUUUCAUUGAAAACAUUAGCAUUGAAGAUCAUCAAAAAGAGGCAGAAACUUGUGCAAAAAUCAGGGAAAAAUGUGGCUAGAUCGAUAAGUAUCCGAGCCAAACAUAUGGGAGGUAGGGGAAAGACCAUGGAUGUGCUAGGAGAAGCUUCAUUAACGAAGUCCACUAUGGAUGUGCUUGGAGAAGCUUCAUUAGAAAAGUCCACCAUGAAUGUGUUUGGAGUAACUUCAUUACCUAAGUCCAAUGGUUCUUAA